AUGACUACAGCUAUCGCGAGACCAUUCCCCGCGGCGAAUUUACGAGUAUGUUUUGCAAACUCUCCCUUCCUACGUUUGGGAGGUAAAGACAGACUACUGUUGGAGGCCACAUCACUGUGCAUCUACUCAUUCACUUGCUCCUGUGGAGCGGGAUACAUCGGCCGUAAGACGGGACGCCUGGUAAAAAGGGUGUGUGAACAUAUGCCCGCCCGGUUAGACAGAGGUGAGACCCGGUCGAUUUCGAGUUCUAUUCUCGCGCAUUUAAUCGAUACGAAUCACCGAGUCGAUGUCAAGGAAGCAUUUCAGGUUGUCUAUCGGACACCAACAAGCUUCUCUAAAGGCCUAGGCCGACGGUUACUAGGAACAGCCGAGGCAGUGGCUAUACAGCUAGCGAAUCCGGUGUUAUGCUGUCAGAAAACCCUGACACAAGCGCCCUCUCUGCCGUGGCCAACGCCAACUUCAAGUGAUGACGACAUGUCGCCUCAAAUCCCUAAUUACAGUGAUGGGUACUCUGUGUACUCAAUCCAAGAACACUCAAAGACUCUCUUACCCCCCCCCCCUCUGUUUUAGCUCUAAGGACCGAAACCCGCCGACCUUGUCAUGCGGGUGGCGUGGGGAAGAUGAGUCGUACUGACUUAAUAGCCCUUGAGACACCUAUAAAUACUGUUAAUUUUGUACAUUUUCAUUCCUUCAUGUAACUGUACUGGCCUGACGAAGAAUUACCGAAAACUCGUGUUUACCAACUUGACUUUUCAAGUGUAACAUGGGAAUAUUGCGGAAAUAAGGUUUUAUUUAUUCGCGGACGCUUUCAAAUAGAAGCCAUUGUGUCGAGCACGCCCAGCAUCUCGGACCAUCAGAAAGGAUGCACUUUAACCGCAGGACAAUGUACUCUAUGGAACUGUCAAAUAACCAUCGUUACUUUCUUUUCCCUUAUUUCCUAGUAUUUCUACCAGGCCACGGAUCUGUGUUUACCUUAUGUUAUGCAAUAAAAUUGUGCAUUUGCAUUGCCCAAAUAUAUUCUUAUUGCUAAUUACCGUUAUGGAUUCUGACGUUUUAUCUGGAAGGUGAGGAAAUAAAUUCCGUUUUGGGGUUUGCCAGAUGUCCCAAAAAUCCGUAAGGGAUAUAAUUAAUCCUAUGAACUGACAGACCGUGAAGCUCUAAGUAAACAGAUACCGGAUCUCCUUCAGCGCAGGGGAUAUUAGUACUUGGGAACAAUUUCAGCUGUUCAAUGAGCCCUGUAUGCACCUACUCUCAAUUAUUGAUUGCUGUAUUCCGCCCGCCAGUAACUCCUUCCAGCAAUGUUUGCGUAUCUGUCGGCGGACUAGGUGCAAGAUAACUUAUAAAUUUUAGAAGCCUGUUGAUAGAUGUUAUCUUCGGCCUGCGUCUAUGAGGACACGACGGAUGAUGUCAGGUCCCCGUAGCACGAUGACGUCUCCGCAUCCGAGGACAUCAACUCCGCUGAAGACGAUGACGCUGACGUGCCAGAACCAUGUCUAUUCCUCUACUUUGUGAAAUAUUUAGAACGCUUCACGUUAAUUAGGACGUUGAUGAGUUAGACUGACACUUGCUUAGACAUACCAAGUAGACCGGCGAGAAAUUACUGAUUGGUAUUAGGUUUUUGACUGAGCAGGGGGCAUUUGCACGCACGCAUGGGUAAUGUGUUGUGUAAUGACUUCACCAACCACAACACACACAUGUCCUGCACGUUCACAUGACCAAGGUCGUCCUACGACCAAUCGCAUGUCAGCCCUGGAGGGAUUGGACAAGUCGAAUUACGGGCCACACUUCACGGCUAUAAAGAUGAAGUCGCGAGCUGAUACUGGCAGUGUUUAUUCCCCUCCCCAAAGCAAUUAUUAAUCGGACACUAGAAACCGUCCAAGUUCAGGUAACAAAAUUUGCUUUAACAAGCAGGCCUUUAGAAUUUGACGAUUAUCUUUUUUGAGGGUCAUUUCUAUGCACUUCUUCAAAUGAGCUGUUUGCGAGGGCUAUCAUACAACACUAAUUAUUGUAUAAAAUUGUUAUAUGUCCUCCAGACACAGCUCGAAAACGUGCCCUUUUAAUGUCUAAGGGUGGUUCGAUGCUGUCCACAUAUUUAGGUAAAACACCGUGAAUGGCCACCCCAAGUUAACGCAUAAAUUAAUUUUUUUUUGUCAUCCAUGAGGGUACUGUCUCUAUUUUGCACAAGAUUGGUAAACACGCUAAAAAACUAAUCCGUAGGAAUUCGCCAUAAGAUGAAUUAAAUUCGGCACGAGUGCUAAAGUUGUAUGCCGUUUAAUACACCUGAACAGAUAGCAGUUAAAGUGUAGAAGGCGAUUCUUUUGAGAAGGAUUUGUCUGUGGGAGGCGUAUCCUGCAGGAUGGCGCGGCACAAAGCUUAGCAUUCUGUGCAAUUAAUAGGGAGGAACCCAUGGAGCGCAGGGCCGAUGUUGUGGGAAGGAUGGAUAGGUAGAUUGUAUGAAGAUGUGCUAAUUCGUGAAAAGUUAACCGAAAUUCUGAAAUGCGUUUUCGACUCGAAAAGAUACUAAUCACCAUGCAGUAUAAUCCCAUAAUAAUUCAGUUACUUCAGGAUGCCAGCUUUUGGAUGAACUUCUUUCCGGUCGCCUGCUAUAGAGGCGCUCUGUAAAAGAGGACUACUAAAGUAGCAUGAGUCUUUUUCAUUGAUUUUCGAUGCUCUUCGAUGUUCAAAUAGAUCUCAUAUAAAGCAAGCAUAAACAUAUUCAGUCUUCUACUCAUUUAGUAGAAGUUAGCGUCUUCUUCAAAUUUGGUACUCGAAGGAAGUGUAUAAUUCGGUUUUAAAAACUCUUCGAGUUCCCGAAUGAUUUUGAACCCGACCUGACGUUACACUUGCGUUCAGGUUUUCCAAACUACAAGAUGUAUAUUAUCCGUUUACAAGAGUCCAUACAUUUCUCUACGGUAUUAAAAAGAGACUAUGUGGGGUUUAUAACAUUUGGCAGUGGAUUUGAUCCGUAUUGUGAACUUUACGAGCAACAUUAGUAAGUGCAGUGACACAUGGUGUUACGAACGGGCAUUUUACGGUCUUAAAAAUCUCACAAUUGAAAACUUUUUAAAACCUAAUUAUACCCUUCUUUCAAGUAUCGUAUUUAAAGAAGACGUAAUUUUCUACCAAAUGAGUAGAAGGAUGAAUUUUUUGUGCAUGCUUUUAUGAGAAAUGUUUGAAUUUAUAAAGGUAUCAAAAUCCACGUCCGUAAAAUAGUCACUUUCAGAGAAUAUCGUCUUAGCAGGCGACCGAAAAGAAAUUUAUUUAAAAGCUGACAUUGUGAAGUAAUCAAAUUAUCAUAGGAUUAUGCUACGUGGCGAUUAGUAUCACAACCCUACUUAAGUAAUCUUUUUGAGUCGAAAACGCAUUUCAGAAUUUUGGUUAACAGUUCAUGAGUUAACACACCUACUGUAUGUCUCCUUCUAAAUUGUUCAAACUCCCUCUUCACAAAUGAUAUACUCCGUAAUACAAACCUACCGGUGACGUUCGGCUUGCCGUCGUCCAUAUCGGGGUGUCAGAGAGAUGAAGUACGAAAUCAAAUGAACGAGGUCCACCGCAAUAACGAAUCCCAUUUUUAAGUAUGAGGGUAACAAAUUAUACUGAACGUCAUAAAGCAAUUCCGUUCAGUUACUGGGUUUUGUGAUACAAAUGAUUGUAGGAAUUAUAAUUUCAAUGUGAACGUUACAAAAAAUAUGAUUCCACGGUACUAGACUACUGAAAAGGCGCAUAAAACAAUAAACUAUUAUAGGAAUAACAAAAUUGCAACUAUUCCUGUUACUGGAUUAGGCAUCCGACUGAAUAGCGUUAUUGACUCCCUAUUGCAGGCACAACUCGAAAGCAAAUUUCAUUAAGACUGAGGGAAAAAUUUGACUCUGAAUACUCAAACGUCUAGUGUCUGACAAUAACUUAAUUCAGGUAAGAUCGUAUUCACCGAAAGUGAGGAGACCCUUAGAGAGAAGGCAAAGCUGGGAGACACUCGUUUAUUGCUGCGAGAUUUAAUUAGACCCAGAAAUGAUUCUAAAAUAUAAAAGUCAGUGGUUCAUGCAGCCGCAUUCCAUCGCCAUUUAUGAGUAUCGUAUUCUCAAUUAUUUCUUGUCGACUGAAAGCUUCAGUAUGGCGGGCAUUGCACGUAAUCGGAGACGGACACUCGUGGGUCUUCCGUCUUCAAAAGCCGUUUGUGAUUGGUUUCAAAUUUCCCUGGUCAGAUUGGUUAAGACUGUGUAAAUUCGUGAAGAACGUCCCAUAUGAGCGCAGUUACGCCCUACUCAAUGAGUAUUGACAUACAAACAAACACUCAGAAAACUUGUGUCCCUAGAGAGCGGUCACGCCGACAAUUCCCUUUUACGGCAGGAAAUUUGAGAAUGAUGGAGAAUUCUCCUGUGCCAUCUUCGAUUUCACCGUAUUUUUCUCACUGAAACUCACCGACUGAUCGCGGAAGAAGGGUCAACGCUGCUGUCUACCUGAAAAUCCUUUGGUUAAAUGUUCUAUAACACACAGGAUUUUCUUUGCGUACCUUCAUAAUGUAAGAUCCGCUGGUCCUAGCCAUCGCAACAGAACUGCUCCACACUUUGGAUGGAUGUUUGCAAGCGCUCACACGCAGUUACCAGACGUUAUCGCCAAUGUGCCAAAAAGAGUUUAAUCUUCGAAGACGCCUCCUACGCUCCAUCGAAGAGAAAUGUCUUCUGUCCCACUCUUGGUGUAAAGAUCCAUAACAGAUCCAGAUAGACUGAUGUUUUUAGCUAGUGCAAUGCCAAACGACAGGCGUUAUUCAAUUGCACUUGGAUCUGCCGAACCCCGACCGUGUGCACCAGCACUGCAGUGUAGGAUCAAUCGCACUGCGACCCACAUGGUGGUGUAGCGGGCAGCCAUCACGAUCGGUCUGGCGUUCAAGACCUCGCCGCCUCAAGGUCAUCCGCCCUUUUACAGUGAGCCGUUCCAGACGCGCUGACCUGAAGUCACACGACCAACAGCUCGGGUAUACCUGCGUCCGCACAGCCGCGGCUACCGAUGCGGCCACUUCAACGCACCUCCCCCCCCUGAAACCGCGACCUAAGCCACUGGGACACCACCCCUCGGUAAAUGCAACACACACUGGCUGGACGCCACUUGAGCUUGGUCCACGAGCCUACGAAAGCGGCUGCCACCACUGUCUUGGUGACUCUCGGGCGUGACUGGACGCAGUCAACACCAGCCCUGGCUUCGCCAGUGGCCACUGCCUGCUGAGAGGACAAAUCCGUGUUCUGUGCACAAAAAACCCCUCAUUCUGGUGCCUUCCGUCUCCCUACAACUUCCGAUCUGACCCGACGAUGGUAGCGCACAGACAGGGACACACUCACACCGUCUGGUCACAACAGUAGUUAACAAGGUAGCUUAAGGCCCAUUCUGACCUCCUCCCAGCAACUACAUGCAAGCCAAUAUCGUGGGUUUCAUUACAAGUUGUAGAAGCCACCUGUGAGUGGAAGACCUCCCUAAAUAGAAGUUUGACGCCCAACCAUCAAAUCGAGAAACGGACUAAUUGAAGAUGUAGGCACAUCCCGCCUAUUGCGACCCUAAGCUACUUGCCUGAACGUUAAACAAGCGUUUUUUCCCUUUACUGUAAACCGUCUUUUCCUUUUUCAUAUGCACUAACUGAGUUUUCGCAUUUACAUUAUGUUUUAGGGGCAUCAUGUUUCAUUCCAUUGUGUCUCUUCUGAUUUCGCUACCAGCGAUUCUUGAAUACCUGGGUCUUACAACACUUAACUCCACUCUUUCAAGUUCUCCGGGAAAUGAGUAUGAACAGGGUGAUAUUAGAACAUCAGAGUCAUUCGGCCAGCCGUUGUCCGCAGCCAUCACGGAGGGGAUAUCGCGAAACCUCAGCGACUCUUUCAAUCCUUCAGGUUACAACGACUUCUGCACAGUUUACUGUCUGUAGUCUUAGGAAGAUCAAACCAUUCCAGUUUAGAGCAUUCGACGCCCUCCUUCCAAGUGGUAAAAAUGCUUGAAAACUAA